GUACGGUAAAUAUUGACUGCCCUACCCUAUCCGGGUUCUAUUUUGCUUCCGUCUUUGACACCAUCGGCAACUUUUGUCUGGCGUUUUGUGGAACUACUGGUGACGUGUGGGUUAGGACACUGAAGACAUUUCUUCCUUUUGAGCUUUUUAUCUUGAAUGGACCCUAUUAAGUUGUGGAUUACAUUAAGUGAAUGUUGGGAAUCCUUGUGAGAAUCCUCAGAAGACAACUUACUAUGUUGAAGCAUGAACAAAGGAAAGGCAUUUUUUAUUCAAUAGCACAAAUUGUGACAACAGAAGCCAAACACCACUCAACCCUUGUUCCAAUUCAUGGGGUUGUUUUUGAUUUGGAUGGCACCCUUACUGUACCUGUGUUGGACUUUGCUAAACUUCGCAAGGAGCUUCAGUGCCCUAAAGGUGUUGAUUUUUUGGAAUUUUGUAAUUCAAAAAUUGGACAAGAAAAGGAAGCUGCUCUUCAAAUUGUAGUAAAAUUUGAAGAGGAAGGAAGGCAAAAUACCAAGCUACAACCAGGAGUGUUUGAACUACUCAAAUUUUUGUCUACAAGUGGAUUAAAAAGAGCCCUUAUUACAAGAAAUUUACAGGCUUCUGUGGAUCAGUUUUUGGCAUUAAUGGGCCAUCCUGAUGACUAUGGAGGUCCAUUAACUCAUUCUCUCACUCGUGAAUUUACUCCACCCAAGCCAGAUCCUGCUCCCCUCCUUCACAUUUGCAGAGACUGGGGAGUCCACCCUAAGAAUGUUGUCAUGGUUGGUGAUCAUCUUCAUGAUAUACAGUGUGGUAAAAGUGCAGGAUCAGUGACAAUACUUCUGAAUGAUUCAACAAAUGGCAAUUUCAAGAAGGAUGCUGACUUCAAUGUGGACUCUUUGAGUGAGAUUAUCACUUUGAUAACCUCUCAUGAGAAAUUUUCUGUCAUCAGAAAAGAUCCUAAUACUGGAACAUAGAAGAAUAGACUCCUUUUUUUGCAACUCCAUUUGAUAGGAAUAUUGUAAUUUGUCAGGUUUUUGAACUUCAGGAAUCUGAUUGGUAUCCACUAAAUUCCAGGCAGGCAGUAUCAUCUGGUUUUGCCUCAAUUAUGUGUCGUAAGAACAAUAUACAUGGAAAAAUAUAAUAUAUAUAUUUGCCCUUUGUUUCUGUUUACUUUGUUCACAAGGAGGUAUUUGGUCAAUUCGCCACCACAACAUACUUGUCACUGCAAAACUUGGCACCACUCAAGGAUGCACGUUUUCUGCCAAGAAAAUCUUGGCGAAAAAUUUUAGUGACACCUUAAAGAGCAUAUGUUAAGGGUCCACACUUGAUUCUUCUUAUGUUUAUUGCAGAUAACUUUGGCAUUGCUAUUUUUUUAAAAUGUUUGAGCCCCUCAUCUCCCCAUCCCCAAAAUUGUAAGGCGGCCGGGUGUAAAACAUUUCAUAGAAGCAUCUGAAGAGCUUUAAGUUUUGCGUGGGAUGAAACAGGGUGUAUAAUCUUGGAAGAGUAUUCUGAAAGGCAUACUGCAACCAGUCAAUGUAAACAAGUUGCCCUUCAGUCCGUAGUCUCUUACAAAGCCGACGCGCAUUUUCGUGAAAGUACCUCAGUGUGAGAGUGUGUUAACAAAUUCACCAAAUCCGAAGACACGACUAUAGGGUUUAUCGUUUUACGCCGGGUAAACAUUAAGGAGGGGGGCUUUGGGAUUUUCGGUUUUGCGGUUUUGACUGUUUUUUGGAUCGGUUUUUCGGUUUUUGAGCCAAAAAGGUUCGGUUUUUCGGUUUUGAUGUUCAGAGCGGUUUGCGGAUUUUACUGAUCAUCAGUUAUACUCUUCUGAUGUCGACCCAGUAGCUCCAGAGAACUGUAUUUGUCGGGAAGUGAGAGUUGCAAAUGAGUCAGUGGUAUCGCAGCAAUGGAAUGAUUGUAAAUGAGACAAAACACCAGGCUAUAGUCUUGGAAAAUCAGGCCACUCCUCUUUUCCAUUGAAAGAUUCUUUGGAUAUAUUUGGAAUAAAUGUUGACAAUAGGUUGCGUUUUGAUAAUUAUAUAUCAACUAUUUGUAAGAA